AGGUGCAUCGGUACGCUCCCUCCCAAACACCCGGUCAGUCAUGGCGGACGAACUUCCCUACCGCGCCGAAUAUGCCAAAUCUGGCCGCGCCUCCUGCAGAGGAUGCAAGGAAAACAUCGGAAAAGAAACUCUGCGACUCGCCGUGAUGGUGCAGUCGCCAAUGUUUGAUGGGAAGGUGCCUCAUUGGUAUCAUCAAAUGUGCUUUUUUGGAAAACAACGUCCCCGCACGGUAGCUGAUAUUGCUCACUUUGAUACUUUGCGCUGGGAAGACCAGGAGAAAAUUAAGGCAAAAGUUGAAAGUGGUGGUGGUGGUAGUGUCCCAAGUGGCAAUGUUAAGGCAGGGAAGAAGGGGAAGAAAGCAGCAGCAGGUGGUAUGCUGGAUUUUCUUACUGAAUAUGCCAAGAGUGGUCGGGCUAUGUGUAGAGGAUGUGAGACCAAGAUUUCAAAGGGUGAAAUAAGAAUUAGUAAGAAAGAAUUUGAUAGCGAUCGGGCAAAAAUGUAUGGGCCAGUAGACCAAUGGCACCAUGUAGAUUGUUUUGUCAAAAAACGAGAAGAGCUGCAAUUUUUUGAGAGUGGAGACAUGCUUCCUGGGUAUAACACACUUUCUGCUGAUGAUAAGAAGACAUUAAAGGAAAAGCUGAAGAAAAUUGAAGUGAAACGCAAGGCAGAAGAUGAGCCGGACACUGUAUCUAAAAAAAUUAAAACUGAAGAUGAGGAAGCGGUGCGCAAACAGAGCAAGACAUUGUAUAAGUGUCGUGAUGAGUUAGGCAAAUGCCUUACUAAAAAGGAUCUUAGCAAUAUUUUGGAUCACAAUAAUCAGUUUAUACCCCCUGGAGAGAGCAAGAUGCUUGAUGCCAUUGUUGAUAUUAUGACUUUUGGGGCAUUGGAGCCUUGUGAAGUUUGUAAAGAAUGCAAUUUUCGUUAUACAUCUGGCAAGGGCUAUGAUUGUCGAGGUAAUCUGACGGAAUGGACAAAGUGUACCAAUUUUGUAGAAGAACCUAAACGACGACCAUUCCGUUUACCUGAGGAGCUGAGAGAUAAGUCCCCAUUCUUAAAAAAAUACAAAUUUAAGAGCAUUGGGAAGAGAGUUUGGAUUGAUCAUGGCCCAACUACUGCUGAGGUUGUUCAGAAAGAUGAAAAUGAUGUGACUGUGUCUAAAUCUUCAAAACCCCUGGAAGGUAUGACGUUUGUCAUUGUUGGCAGCCGCUUUACCAAGGACAAAAAAACGAUGAAAAGUAAAAUUAAAGAAUUGGGCGGUGAAGUAGUAACAAAAGUACAAGCAACUACUACAGCUGUUAUUACUACUCAAGAUAUUAUUGGAGGCACAGACAAGAAAAUUGAUGCUGCAAAGACCUUCAAUGUGCACUGUGUGAGUGAAGAUUUCUUGGACGAAGUAGAGAAUGGAGGUGCUGCAUUGAUGAUACAGAAGAAGAGUAUUGCUUCCUGGGGCGGUAAUCCUCAAGAUAGAGUUCAGAGCAGCAAAUCCUCAUCAAAGUCAUCAAAGUUUGAUUCACGCUUUGUUAAAAGCAUGCCAGAGAAACAGAGGAUAAAGCUGAAGGGCGGUGCUGCAGUAGAUCCAGAUUCGAAUAUGGAAAACUCUGCCCAUGUGUACCAGCGAGGAUCCAAACUGUACAAUUGCGUUCUGGGCAUGGUUGAUAUAGCGCGAGGGACAAAUUCUUACUACAAGCUUCAAGUUCUGGAGAGUGAUAAUAAAAAUGGGUGGUGGGUGUUCCGUUCAUGGGGUCGAAUUGGUACAACCAUUGGCAACAACAAACUGGAGGAUUUUGAGGAUCUUAAUGAUGCUGUCAGACAAUUUGAACAACUUUAUGAAGAGAAGACUGGCAACCGGUUCUCUGCAAGCGAAUUUAAGAAAAUUCCAGGGGCUUGGUAUCCCCUGGAUAUUGAUUAUGGCCAGGAUGAUGAUAAGGUGUCACAGCCUGUUGUAGCUGGGUCUAAUAGCAAAUUACCAAAACCUGUGCAGGAUUUUGUUGCGCUUAUCUUUGAUGUGGAUACAAUGAAAAAAUCAAUGGUGGAGUUUGAGCUUGAUCUUAAGAAAAUGCCAUUGGGAAAAUUAAGUAAGAAGCAGAUUCAGAAAGCAUACAAAGUUCUGUCGGAAGCUCUGGAGCUAAUUCAGAAGCUGGAGACGAAACCUGAAGGUGAAACAUUAGUGUCUAGUGCAGCAGGAAUUAAAGCCCAGCUUUUGGACUGUUCUAACCGGUUUUAUACUUUGAUCCCACAUGAUUUUGGAAUGAAGAAGCCACCUCUACUUGAUGAUUUGGAUCUAAUAAAGACAAAGAUUGGCAUGCUAGAUAAUCUCAGUGAGAUUGAGGUUGCCUAUAAUCUUCUCACAUCUGAGGAUGAUGGCGAUAAGGAUGCUGAUCCAAUUGAUAAACAUUACCAUAAGCUCAAGACAAAGAUGGAUGUAUUGGAUAAGGAUAGUGAUGAAUUCAAAAUGAUUCAAGACUAUGUAACCAAUACACAUGCAACAACUCAUUCACACUACAAGCUACUUGUUGAAGAGGUAUUCAAAAUUGAGAGGGAUGGUGAGAAGAAGCGUUACAAGCCGUUUAAACAGCUCAAUAACCGUAAGCUCCUGUGGCACGGCUCUAGACUUACAAACUUUGCUGGCAUUCUUUCUCAGGGUCUUCGGAUUGCUCCUCCCGAGGCUCCCGUUACUGGUUACAUGUUUGGAAAAGGUGUAUACUUUGCUGACAUGGUAUCCAAGUCUGCAAACUACUGUUGCACUUCUCAUAUUAAUCCUACUGGCCUCAUAUUACUUUGUGAGGUUGCCUUGGGUGAAAUGUACGAAAGAACUCGUGCCGAGUAUGUUGAAAAGUUGCCAAAAGGUAAACACAGUACAAAAGGUGUGGGCAAGACGUGCCCUGACCCGAGUGGGGCCCGCAUUCUCAAGGAUGGCGUAGAAGUGCCUCUUGGUAAAGGUAUUCCUUCAGGUGCCAAGGACACUACUCUGUUAUACAAUGAGUACAUUGUAUAUGAUGUUGCUCAAGUCAAUGCUAAGUAUCUUCUCAAACUCAAAUUUCAGUACAACUAUUAGUUUAAUAUUACUAAGUAGGUCAGUCUGUAGAUAGUUUUGGUUUGUAAAUUUACCGAGUAGAAGUGAAAAUUGGUUUUGAUCACCUUGUAAGUGCAUGCGUGUGUUUGAUAACCAAAUGUUAGUGUGUUUUAUGUGAGUGUGGUGCUUUUGUUGUUUCAUCAGAGUAUUAUACACUAAAAACCACAACUUUUCAUUAAUAUCUUUAAAUUCUCAGUGCUGUCUGUAUUUAAAAAUGUAGAACUUUUAGCAAUAGAAAAGUUAAAUCAUAAUAUCAUUGUAUUGCUUUUACGAAAGCAAAAAUAGUUUUAAUUAUAUUUUUUUACUAAUGAAUGUAUAAGGAGCAUGAAUGGGGAAAGAGAUUGCAGUAUAUGCAGUUUCUUUUUGAUUUGUACUGGUGUUAAAAUCCUAGUAUUGUACUUAUAUAAAAUGUACGAACCAAAUGA